GCACUAUUUCAUUGAACGUACGGCUAUCAACACCACGUCAGAAAAUGUGCAUGUUGUUGUUAGGUGUUCCGAAUUCUGAUUUAAUUAUAAGAUUAUGACAAACUGUUCUUCAACAGGGCUGAAGCUAGCGUGGAGAAGAGGAAGUGCUGUCUGAAAUGAGAUUUCUGUAAGCUGCAAACGAUGCCCGUGAAUCGAGCGGCCAUAUUCCAGCUGACGUUGCUGUUACUGAUUGUUCCCAUUCAGUAUCUAAUCACCCAAUGGAAGCCAGUCAGUAACACAGAGAGGACGCACAACUUGCAAAAUUUAAUGGUCAAACUAACGGCGUGGAAAAAGAAAGUCCUGUCGUUAAAGACAUGGAAGCAGUGCUAUGAGAAUGCCAUCAAGUAUGUGACAGGAAGCUUUGAGAAGUAUGCCUACCCAACCACGGCUGAAGAUGACACAGACAGGGGAGAGUCCCCCGCUGUAGAGGUGCUUCGUUACAAGGAUAAAAGUGGAUAUUUUGCAGGGUCAACAGAGCCGAGGAGCCCGAGGUCAACAAAGGUCAAAUACCGCAUUGGUCAGGUGAUCCGUCACAAGGUCUGGGGAUACCGAGGGGUCAUCGUGGGAUGGGAUGAAACGGCAAAGGCUCCCAAAGAAUGGAUUCAGCAAAUGCAUGGCAAUCAUAAGCAUUGGCGCAAUUUGCCCAGUUACUCAGUUCUAGUGGACACAAGAGACCGGAUGGACGUCCAAACAACAUACGUCGUGGAGGAAAACAUAGAGAUUAUCAGAAAUACAAAGAUAGUACACCCCGACGUGGAGGACUAUUUUGAGAAGUUUGACGGCACGCGCUACCUGGCUCGGCCCUGGCUGAAAAAGAUUUACCCCCAUGACCAGUGACGUUUUUCCAAGCUUUUUUGUCCUGUUGAAAAGACCAGUAACCCAAAGUUUUAAUUCUUCCAAAGUUGCAUGUCCUCGACCUCUUUUUUUUUUUGGUCAUAUUGCAACCAGACCAGUUUGCUUUGUGUUUUUACAUUGAUUCAUUUUUUUCCCCUUAGAUCAAGAAGGUUUAGGAGUAAUUUAUUGGCCUGGUGAGCAGGGAUAAUCACCUUAUUAACCUUUGGGGGAUACUUGUCCAUGUAAGUCCCCUUAGUUUUUGAGAAAAAUGUUAUUAAAAUUACGGUCAUCUCCUCCCUCCAGUCAGUAGUUCUCAUGGGGCAAAAAAUCCAUGCUGUAAACGGGCAAUUCUUGAUAUGAUCGGCAAAGUGCAACAAAUGAAUGUAAAUAUUGUUCGACAAGUCAACGUGAAAGCAAUAUACACUCCUUUUCCCAAUGCAUUCCAACGGAUCUGCUAGUGACCGGCACCUUGACAGAUCUUAGGCUGCUGGCUUUAGUGCAUCCGUUGUUCAUUCUCUGGUUCUUAUUUCUUCCUGACCUGUAAUUUUGGCUUCAUUUUCUAUGCCGCCGAGCCUGUCUGGAAUUUCCUACCAAGAAGAAAAAUGAUGAUCAUAAGAAUUUUUUUGGGGGGGAAGGGAGAAAGAGAAAAUUUUUUUUUACCCACCAAGUAAAAAAAAAUGACAACCACGGAAUUAACUCUGGAUGCCCGUAUAAGCCAGUGGAUAAGGCAUUCAUUCAUAACCUUUGCAGUUGAAACCAAACUAACAUUCUUCAAAGCUUUGCUUCAUCUUUAGCAACUGGAUAAUUCAUAUUUGAAGACAUUCUUUUGAAAAUGCUGCUUCUUGAAUUGUGCCUCUCUUCCAUAGGUGUAAAUUAGUUACUUAGUUGAAAUGUCCAUCUGCAAUCUGGACAUGUUUGCUGAUCUUAUUAUUUCUGGGAUUGCUUAUCCCAAGUCCAAGAGCGAUCUUGCUCCGUGACUUGAGUUGAAAUUGGUCUCCAGCUACAUGAAUGUGUUAUCUCUUCCGUGAAUAAUCAGAAAUCAAGACACUAUGAAGAUUUUUCAAUUACGGCAUUUUAAGAUUUCUUAAAGAAGAAAUUGGCGAAAUGUGGAUGUAGCACAUGGUGAAGCCUGGAAAAUCUUUCACCGUUUUACUUGAAAAUUUCAUCUCAUUUACCCUUUUCAAAGCAGCAGUGACUUCUGUUUUCAGAUUGUGAAUGGGUCAAGAUUGCCUUCAAGAACAAACGGUACUUCAACUGAAUACAGUUGUCGUGUCGCCUUAUGUAUAUAUUAUUGUGAAAGGAAUAAAUUAUAUGCACUUGGCAAGCUUUAUUCUUUA